CGGUGGAGGUUCCGGUAAAAGAGGUUUACCAAAAUUGAGGGAAUUAUUACGCAGACAGAGAAGAGAUUCCGAUACUCAAUGUGAUAUGCCAGAUUUGAAUUUUGAAUAUGAUGAUUCUGACAAGUACAUCAAUGAAAUUGCAGAAUUGUACAGUUACACAGAAGAAGUGGAAUUUCCGCUUGGUCAGAAAUUUUUUGAGGAAGAUUUUCAUUCAAAAGUAAAUGAAAAAUGGACCAAGAUCGAUGAUGACCAGCGGAAAAUGUAUAUUGCACGUCUACUGAAUGGUUUAGAUGUGGCAAAGAGAGAACAGAGAAUGAAAACAGCAAGGUCUAUUCUUUAUUUGGCUCAAGGUGUUUUUGGUGAAAGUUGCAAUGAAGAAGAACAAUUGAAAUGGGCUCGGUGCAAUGCUUUUCUUCUGUAUGAAUGUGGUGCUUUUUAUGCAUUUGUAGAGCUACUUAUGAUGGAAGCAGAUAAUAGUAAUGCUGCGUCAGCCGCCAUGAGAAAACCUGCUGUGUCUAUUGUAGAUAGUACAGACUUAAGAGUUAUUAUCAGUGUUCUGUAUAUAAUGGUGGAGACAAUACAGAGAGUUUGCGAUGAUGAAACACCUCGCCUGAAACAUCUCAGAGAAACAUUCAAAACUGAGUUAGGUCAACCUGUUCUCGGUGAAGAGAGCCUUGCUGUGUUGUUAUUUGGUAUGGUUACUAAAUUUUGCAGUGGUCACGCCCCUCAUUAUCCUAUUAAAAAGAUACUACAGUUGCUAUGGAAGACAAUUCUGUUUUCGUUGGGUGGUAUGAAUGACUUAGCUACAAUGAAAGGAAAAGCCAGAGAGCACAUCGGCCUUCCAUGUUUACGAGAGGAUAGUGUCCUGGUCACCAGGAAUAUGAGAGCUGCAUCACCACCUACUUCAGCUGCUGACUUGAUAGAGCAACAACAGCAUAAACGCAGUAGAAAUAGAAAGAAUGUGCUUGAUGAUCCAAAUUAUGAAGACGUUGACCGAAAAGACGAUGAUAAUAAUUAUGAUCAGAGUCCACCCAGUGAAGAUGAUGAUAACGAAAACUCUCUUCAAAGACCACCAGAUACUCCUAGAGAACCCAGGAUUCUUCCUUGGACUCCAAAAGUUAGGCAAAAAGACGUGGAACUAUUCCUUGAUCACACUCGUAAUAAGUUUGUAGGUUUUCAAAUUGGAGGGGAUCAGAGUACCGUAGCCGGUUUGCCACAGCCCAUUCAUGAAGGUGUCAGGAUUUUGAAAAAGCAUGUGUAUGUAUCUUUAUCUGAGCUGCAAAUAACUCAAGAAGAAGAAAUAACAAAAAAUCCUGUAUCAAAGGCAGAAGAAGACAUUUCCAAUUCAUCAGCAGAAUUGUUAUAUCAGGCCAUGCUACCUAAUUUACCACAGUAUAUGAUUGCAUUGUUGAAAAUUCUUUUAGCAGCAGCACCAACAUCUAAAGCCAAGACAGAUUCUAUUAAUAUAUUAGCUGAUGUGCUGCCAGAAGAAAUGCCAAUUACUGUACUGCAGUCAAUGAAGCUCGGUAUUGACGUAAAUCGACACAAGGAGAUAAUAGUAAAGGCAAUCUCAGCAACACUCCUCAUACUACUCAAACAUUUCAAACUCAAUCAUAUAUACCAGUUUGAAUUUAUGAGUCAGCAUCUAGUGUUUGCCAACUGUAUACCAUUAGUUUUGAAGUUUUUCAACCAGAAUAUUAGUUCCUACGUAGGAGCCAAAAAUAGUAUAAAUGUUAUAGAUUUUCCAAGUUGUGUGAUAGGAGAUCAACCAGAAUUAACUGCAGAAAGUUUGGAGGCAGGUGAUAGUGCUUUGUAUUGUUGGAGAAAUCUAUUUUCCUGCAUCAAUUUAUUAAGAAUUCUUAAUAAACUUACAAAAUGGAAACAUUCCAGGACCAUGAUGCUGGUUGUGUUUAAAUCUGCUCCGAUAUUGAAACGAGCACUGAAGGUGAAGCAAGCAAUGAUGCAGCUCUACGUACUCAAACUAUUAAAGAUGCAAACUAAAUACCUUGGUAGACAGUGGAGAAAAAGUAAUAUGAAAACCUUAUCGGCAAUCUACCAGAAAGUCAGACAUCGAUUUAAUGACGAUUGGGCAUAUGGUAAUGACAUGGAUGCGAGACCAUGGGAUUUCCAAGCAGAGGAGUGUGCUCUGAGAGCCUGUGUCGAUAGAUUCAACACCAGACGCUAUGACAUCAGUGCUGGAAAGGAUCCAGAAUUUGCUCCUGUAGAUAACAAUAUACUCAGUGUGCUUGGACAGAAUGUUGAACUUAGCGAAGACUUUAAACAUUGUUACGAAGCUUGGCUUGAACGUGAAGUCUUCUCUACAAAGAUUGAUUGGGAUCAGUUACUCAGAGAUACAUGGUGAUAGUAUAGACUUUCAAUGCUGUACUGAUGUUACCAUGGAAACAAACCACCGUACUGCUACGUGUACAUUCUUAGAGACUGACAUAACCAUUGUACAGAAAUAUUGUUAUUACAUGUGCUGUUUCUCCCAAUGUAUGACUUUGUCCACAAUCUCAAGAAAUAUUGUGUGAUGGUAUAAUUAAUUCCAAUAUAUUGCUGUAAUUGCAAGGAAAAAUAUAUAACAUGUUUAUGUAACUACUUCCAGUGGCCAUUAGAGCACCUCAGUUUUCCCUCCUCUCAUUCAAAUUGAACUGUUUUCACAUGCACUGUAUGUGUAAUAUAUUGAAUACAAUACGAAAUGAACAAUUGUUUUCUGUAUUUACAAUUGUAAUAUUUACUAGUACCCUGGUAACCUGGUAUGUAAAAAGCGUUGGUCUCUUGUUGUGUUCGUAGUAUUUAUUGGGUAAUAUUUAAAACUUUAGUCGAGAGUGCUGGAAAUGGCAGAGUGACAUGGUUUGGCAUUUGUAAAUUAUAUUGCAUAUAUGCAAAGUGUAUCACUGGAGAUAAACUAGGUUUGUACGAAACACUUAUGUAGGUAGAGUUGAUCAACAGAUUCCUAUAUAAUUGAGAAUGUAUGAGACUGUAGUCUUGAUGGAUCAAAAGAAUAAACUUUUUUUUACAUGGCGUGUUUUUAA